GGUACACUUGUAAAUAAUAACGCCUUUCACCAAGAGGAAAAGGCAAGUGUUUUUCAGGGCGAAACCAUGAAGUUGUUGGCAAAGACUGCCCAAACAUUGUAUGCCUUACAGAAGACUCCGUCACCAGGAGGCAGCAGACAGUUCUGGGGAUGGCUUAAUGCUGUAUUCAACAAAGUGGACUAUGAGCGGAUUAAAGCAGUGGGUCCUGACCGGGCAGCCUCAGAGUGGCUUCUGCGUUGUGGGGCCAAGGUGCGGUACCAGGGCUUUGACCGCUGGCAGUUUGACUACAACGGGCUGCCCACUGGCCCCCUGGGCAGGUACAAGAUCCAAGCCAUUGAUGCUACAGAGUCCUGCAUUAUGUACCGGGGUUUUGACCACUUGGAUGGUCUGAAACAUGUGGAAGAGAUCAAGUUCAACAGGUGUAUGUACAUAGAAGACACGUGUAUGGAGAGACUGAGUAAAAUUGAGAACCUACAGGCCAGUCUGCGGCGGCUGGAGCUGAUCUCCUGCGGCAACGUGACAGACAGGGGUGUCAUCGCCCUUCACCAUCUCAGGAAUCUGGACUACUUGUUUCUCAGCGACCUGCCAGGGGUGAAGGAGAAGGAGAAAACUGUGGAGAGACUACAGACAGCCCUGCCCCAGCUGGUCCUUGAGCUUGACCUGCCAUGAUAGGGCCAUGAUCGUGGACUGGAUAUGUUGGCCAUCAUGGCAGACACCUGGCGUUUCAGAAGUACCAUCAGCCAAGGACAGCAAUGUAUGGAAGACACUCAAAAUCCCAAAAAACUACAAUGUUGUUUUAGCAGUUUAUUUUGACCAUUUGCAAAAACUUUUGUGAUUUUCUCCACUACAGUUUAUUUAUCUUCCAGCAUUCUAGGUAUUAAAUAUUACUCCAUAGAAAAGUACAACAAAAUACAGACACACUAUAUUUACUUUAUGUACACUUGUGCACACAUAGAAGGUGGAGAGUUUCAGUGGUUCAUUGGUUAAGAUUUCAAUUUUUUUUAUAAUUUGGCAUUUGGUAUAUGUGAAAGAGGGAGAUGGAAUAACUAUAAAUAUUCUUAGCACCAGUCCCAGGAAAUAGUUGUUAUUUUAAUAUUUAUUCAUAAUAAAUAUAUUAUGUUCCUUUUAAAGUUGUGCUACUUCCAUAAAUAUACUGCAUUUUCAUAUUCUUUCUCUUGUUUUGAGUACCAACAUCAUGGCUUGAAAUAAUCAGAGAAAAACAAUGUAAACUGAAUUUGGGGACUAAAAGCCAAGAAGUCAUAUUGUAUGGACUGUUGCAUGUGUGCUACUGUAUUAUUCACCACAAAGAGGAAAGUAUCCGUAUUCUUAGUUCGACAUCUUCAACAGGCCCUUUGGAGAAACUGCUGCAAGCUAACAAGGGAGGAGGGAACUGCUCAUAAACAUUCGCAUACAGCAAAAAGCAAAUAAAACUUCGGCUGAAUCAUUUCUUAUAUUCUGUUCCACCUCUAUUUAGGCUGACUAAUGGAGAUUAACAAAAUGUCUUUACACAUUCCAAAACUAGUACUGAGAGUAGCAACAAUAAACAAAACACA